AUGGAUUCAUUUGAAGAAAAUACAAACGAAUACACGCAUUAAAAAAGCGGAGAAGUAUAUGUCAAAUAUUUAGAUAGUGUAUUAAUACCUUCAGAACAACAAAACAACGAUACUUUUAUUGAAUAACAAGAAUAAGAAACAAAAGAAGAUAAUGAUUUAGAAUUAGAAUUAGAAAAGAGCUAUACAAAAACUGAAUGCGAAAUAUAAUUGAACUUUUAUACAAAAUGUGAUUAAUUAAGAAACAAAUAUAUAAAUAAGCUAAUAAAUAAUAAAAUUUUAAAAUAAAACUAAACAUCAAAGCAUUAGACAAUAAUUAUAUUUGAUUGGGAUGAUACUUUAUUUUGUACAACAAGCUUACAAGCAUAAAAGUUUGAUUAUAUAUCAUAAUAAUAAUCAAAGAAUAUAUUUAAUUUAGAUAUAUCAGCAGUAAAAAAUUUACUUUUAAAAAUAUGUUGGGUUGAAUAUAGUAGUAAAAUUUUCAUGCCAAAUGUUUUUAAUUUUAUUACUGAAUCUAAAAUUUAAAUUAUUUCAGCAAGGACUAAAUAUGAAAGCUAAUUUCCUAGUUAAUCUCAUUUAUGGAAAAUAUUUUCUUUUAAAGAUUUGAGAAAAAACUAUGAUAAAUAAAUUAUAACUAAUCUUAUUUGUUUGGGAGAUUCUUUAAUUGAAAUCAAUGCAGCUAAUAUUCUUAGUAAAGAAUUCGAUAUUGUUUUUUUAAAAACUAUUAAAUUCAAAGAAGCUCCAAAAAUUGAUGAGCUUGCAAAAUAAUUAGAUUUAAUUAAAUAUAAAUUAGAUUAGAUUUAUAAAGAUUUUAAAAAUAUUACUAUUAGAUUAGAAAAGUAUAUUAUUUUAUUUUCUUAUAACUUAUAUUUAUAUUAUUUAUUAAUUAAUUUAUUUAAUUAAAAAAAAAAAAAAAAAAAGAAAGCAGUAAAUUUAAUGAUAAAUUUGGCUUUCCUUUAUAUAUUUUAUAAAAAAGUCAAAAAUAUUAUUUGUGAAAAAAAAAAAAAAAAAAAAGUUUAUUGA